AUGGCGUCCCGUCGGCCGCUGCCCUCGACCCCAAGAGAGGACGCUGCCAGGAUGUGCACCCAGACCGUCCUAACCACCCGCCUCUGCAAAAAAUGCGGCUCCCCCAUGUCCAACGCCAAGUGCACCAGUCCUUGCGGUGGCAUCGGCCACAUGUCCCCAUGCCUUUUCGGCCGGGGCGCCGCCCCCGAGCCCAACAAGCGCGCUCUUUACGUUGGCGGCCUCAACCCCCGCGUCACCGAGGACGUCCUGAGACAAGAUCUUCAAGACCACCGGUCAUGUCCAGAACGUCAAGAUCAUUCCUGA